AUGGCUAUGAACCAGGAGUUUGAGGCAAAGUUUGCCACAUCAACUCCAUUGGCAGUUGUCAUUCCUGAGUUCUGCAAUCAUUGCAAUAGUUCCCUUAAUGUCACCUGGGAGAGGCCUCUGGAGGCUGGAUCAGUGGAAGACCUGGUUGCCAUGUGUGCCAUUGGGACCCUGCUUUCUAUCAUGUGCUUGGUGGGGGUAAUUGGCAACCUCCAUACACUGGUGGUGAUAUGUCAUUACCUGCACUCCUCAGCUUCCAUGUAUAUUUACAUAAUCAAUUUGGCCCUGGUUGAUCUGCUUUAUCUCCUCACCAUUCCCUUCAUUGUUAGCACUUACUUCAUUCAGGAAUGGUACUUUGGGGAUUUAGGUUGCCGAGUGCUCUUCAGUUUGGAUUUCCUGACCAUGCAUGCAAGCAUCUUCACUCUGACUGUCAUGAGCAGUGAGUGAUACUUUACAGUCCUCAAGCCCCUGGACAUGAUCAAGCGUUCCAAGAACUACCAAAAGACUAUUGCUGUGGGCAUCUGGUUGAUGUCCCUGCUGCUGACCCUCCCCAUGUUGAUAAUGAUCCAGUUGGUACAGAGACAAAAAAAAAUUUGCCUGCCAAUGUGGAGCAAGUUGUCCUACCAAGUUUACCUGACUAUCCUCUUUGGAACCAGUACUGUGGGACCUGGGGUGAUCAUUGGUUUUCUGUAUAUCCGCCUGGCCAGAACUUACUGGUUCUCUCAACUAGCUUCCUUUAAGAUGACUAAAUGGCUACCCAACCUGAAGGUCUUCUAUCUCAUCUUCACCAUUGUGCUGGUAUUCUGGGCUUGUUUCCUCCCCUUUUGGGUCUGGCAGCUCUUCUCUCAAUACUGUGAGUUCCUGUAGCUGUCCGCCAAAGCCACUCGAAUCAUUAAUUACUUGACCACCUGCCUCACCUACAGUAACAGCUGCAUCAAUCCUUUCCUUUACACACUUCUGACCAAGAAUUACAAAGAAUACCUGCAAGGCCAGCAGCACUCUUUCAGACACAAUAAUAGUGGUACUAGUCCUAGUAGCUACUUUCAGAGGGACAACCAGUUCAGGAGGAUCUCUGGCAGGUCUCUGUCCUCCAGCAGUCAGCACUGUACAGAGAUUUUCAUAGUCUCUAAGACCUCUGGGUAA